GCAUUAAAUGUCCAAAACCUUACUCCCCCUUUUAAGCUUUUCCAUUUCUAUGGAGAACUGGAAAUGCAGUUAUUGAAAUUCAGCAACGUGGUCUCUUUCUUCUUCGUCUUCAUUGCCUUCUUUUAUCUUUCCAAAUACCCAUUUCAUCCUCAUCUUCCCCCUUUUAGUCCGAGCAUGGCUCAGGAUUCGCCUACCUCCAUAUAUGAUUUCACUGUCAAGGAUAUCAAUGGAAAUGAUGUAAGCUUCAAUGAAUACACCGGGAAGGUUUUGCUCAUUGUAAAUGUGGCCUCAAAAUGUGGAUUAACGCACUCAAACUACAAGGAACUGAAUAUUUUGUACGAGAAGUAUAAAAACCAAGGGUUUGAGAUCUUGGCAUUCCCCUGCAACCAGUUUGCCUGGCAAGAGCCAGGAAACAACGAGGAGAUUAAGGAAGUUGUGUGUUCCGUAUUCAAAGCAGAGUUCCCUAUCUUUGCUAAGAUUGAUGUGAAUGGGAAGAAUGCUGCUCCUUUUUACAACUUUCUAAAAUCACAGAAAGGUGGAAUACUUGGAAAUUCCAUCAAAUGGAAUUUCACUAAGUUUUUGGUAAAUAAACAAGGCAAGGUUGUGGAGAGAUAUUCUCCAAAUACAUCACCUCUUAAGAUCGAGAAAGAUAUACAGAACUUGUUGGAAUCUUCUUGAGCAUCAAAUUCUAAAGGGAAAGGAAGAAUAAAUAUUGGUGCUGGGAACUGGUUUGCAAGAUGAUGAAUCUCAAGUAUAAGUUACCUGUAAUCUAUGGUUUACUAGAUUGAACAGUUUCAGUCCCCUCCUAAUUAGAGGUAUAAAUUGGUUGGUGCAAGCUGAAAAAAUUUAAAUUACCAAUAAAACAUAUUCUAUCAUAUACAUUAAUAUUAAUUUGGAAAAUAAAAACAAAUAUUUGAUUAUUAUAGAAUAAAAUACACAUAAUAAGUAGAGUAGUAAAAA